CAGGGAGUGGGGUGGGGGGGGGGGGGUGUCCGUCCUAUGGAUGUCAUCAUCAUUCCUCCUGAGCAGCAGCAGCCAGGCCAGCACGUCCCGGCCCGGUGCUUAAUCGGCACGGCUUGUUCCGACUCGCCGGUGCUGAGCAAGCCGGCGACCAGCACUCGAUAGCCAGGAGACACAAAGCUCCGUCCUCGGUACACGCACGGAAGGCGUCGGGGGCGCCAUGGCGAAUGCUUCGCCAGACCUGGACAACGCCGACGCCCAGCGCCAGCUCAACAACAAGAACCGGCCUGUCAGCUCAGCAUUUUGGGAAACAGAGUGCACCAGUGCUAAGCUGUUUGAGUGCUCCCGCAUCAAAGCCCUGGCAGAGGAGCGAGACGCUGUCCAGAAGAAGACGUUCACCAAGUGGGUCAACUCCCACCUUGGCCGAGUGUCCUGCCGCAUCUCAGACCUCUACAACGACCUGCGCGAUGGCUAUAUGCUCACGCGGCUGCUGGAGGUCCUCAGUGGAGAGCUGCUGCCAAGGCCUACGCGGGGCCGCAUGCGCAUCCACUCUCUGGAAAACGUGGACAAAGCCCUCCAGUUCCUCAAGGAACAGAGGGUCCACCUUGAGAAUGUGGGCUCACAUGACAUUGUGGAUGGGAACCACCGCCUCACGUUGGGCCUCAUCUGGACCAUCAUCCUCCGCUUCCAGAUCCAGGUGAUCAAGAUCGCCACAGCGGACAACAGAGAGACGCGCUCGGCCAAGGAUGCUCUGCUGCUCUGGUGCCAGAUGAAGACUGCCGGGUAUCCAGAGGUGAACAUCCAGAACUUCACCAGCUGCUGGAGGGAUGGCCUUGCCUUCAACGCGCUCAUUCACAGACACAGACCGGAUCUGAUUGAGUUCCACAAGCUGACUAGAUCCAAUGCCACUCACAACCUGCAGCAGGCCUUCAAUGUUGCCGAGCAGAACCUGGGCCUCACCAAGCUGCUGGACCCUGAGGACGUGAACACUGAGAACCCAGAUGAAAAGUCCAUCAUCACUUACGUGGUCUCCUACUACCACUACUUCUCCAAAAUGAAGGCUCUUAUAGUGGAGGGCAAAAGAGUCGGCAAGGUCCUGGACAACUGCAUUGAGGCGGAGAAGCUGGUGGGCCGUUACGAGGCGCUGGCGUCAGAUCUGCUGAACUGGAUCGAGAAGACCAUUGCUGUCAUUGGCAACCAGAAGUUUGCCAACUCGCUGACAGGUGUUCAGCAGCAGCUGCAGGCCUUCACCACCUAUUGCACCGUCGAGAAGCCCAUCAAGUUCCAGGAGAAGGGGAACCUGGAGGUCCUUCUCUUCACCAUCCAAAGCAAACUGAGAGCCAACAACCAGAAAGCCUACGUGCCUCACGACGGGAAACUCAUCUCCGACAUCAACAAGGCAUGGGAGUGGCUGGAAAAGGCAGAGCACGAGAGGGGCGUGGCCCUGCGCAAGGAGCUGAUUCGCCAGGAGAAGCUGGAGCUGCUGGCUCAGCGCUUUGACCACAAGACCACCAUGAGACAAGCGUGGCUCAAUGAGAACCAGAGGCUUGUGUCGCAGGACAACUUUGGUUACGAUCUCCCCGCGGUAGAGGCGGCCAUGAAGAAGCACGAGGCCAUCGAGGCAGACAUCGCCUCGUACGAGGAACGGAUCGGCGUGGUAGUGGAGCUGGCUGCCGAGAUGGAAGUGGAGAGCUACUAUGACAUUCGCCGCAUCUUGGCCCGCAAGGAGAACAUCCUUGGACAGUGGAGUCUGCUGAAGGAGUUGGUGGCGGGCAGGCGGACCCGGCUGGAGAAGAAUCUGACCCUGCAGAAGACCUUUCAGGACAUGGUCUACAUGAUUGACUGGAUGGAGGACACACAGGCCCAACUGCUGUCCAAGGAUUUUGGGAAGCAUCUUCUGCAGGUGGAUGACCUGCUGCAGAAGCACAGCCUGCAGGAGGCUGACAUUGGGGUGCAGGCUGAGAGGGUCGAAAUGCUUAAUUCUGCUGCGCUCAAAUUCACCAGCAUCGAGGGUUACCAGCCGUGCGAUCCGCAGGUGAUCUGUAACAGGGUCAAUCACGUGUCGUCUUGCCUGGAGGAACUAAAGGAGUUGGCGGCCAAGCGGCGCUCCGAGCUGGAAGAGUCCAGGCAGCUGUGGGCCUUCUUCGAGGAAUUGGAGGAGUCUGAAGCGUGGAUCCGGGAGAAGAGUUCCAUCCUGGAAGCUCAGGGUUAUGGGAAAGGCCUGAGUAGUGUCCUCAAGUUACUCCAGAAACAUAAGACCCUUGCCGGAGAACUGAUGGCCCACCGAGCCUUGCUGGAGGCGACCAUCCAGCGCGGUCACCAGAUCAUGAAUGAGAAGAGCUUGGGCACGGCAGGCAUCCAGGAGCGCAUCCUGGACGUGACUGACGAGUGGACGCGGCUGGAGGAACAAGCGGCCCAGCGCCUCGGGCACCUACAGGAGGCGGUCAACUUCUUCCAGUUCUCUACCGAGACGGAUGACCUGGUGGUGUGGCUGCAGGACUCUUACCGCCUGGUGUCCAGCGAUGAUUUCGGCCACGAUGAGUACUCAACAUGCUCGCUACUCAAAAAGCACCGAGGCGUCAGCGAGGACAUCGACAAGCACCGGCUGCACAUUGUGGCUCUGCGCAAACAUAUGGGGGCUCUGCCACUGCGCUACCGAGAGCAAGAGGAAGUGCAGGUUCGGAUGGUGGAGGUGGAGCAGCUGUACACGGAGGUGGUGGAGGUGGGCGUCCUUCGCCAGCAGUGGCUCCACGACGCUCUGGCGGUCUACCGCAUGUUCAGCGAAGUCAAUGCCUGCGAGCUCUGGAUAGACGAGAAGGAGCAGUGGCUGAACAAGAUGGAGAUCCCAGAGAAGUUAGAGGACGUGGAGGUGGUGGCGCACAGAUUCGAAUCCCUGGACCAGGAGAUGAACAGUCUGAUGGGGAGGAUCCUUGAUGUCAACCAGAUAGUCCAGCAGCUUCUGGAUGGAGGACAUCCGUCCUCCACGGAGGUCAGAGGCUGUCAGGACCACCUCAACUCCAGGUGGAACAGCAUCGUGGGUCUGGUGGAGCAGAAGAAGGAUCAGUUGAACAGCAUGCAGCGUCUUCAGAACUACCUGCUGGAGUGUAGCGAGAUUAAGUCUCAGAUUCAAGAGAAGCGCAAGUCCAUUGACGCAACGCAGUAUGCGAGCAGUGAUCUGGGUGGCGUACUGGCUCUGCAGCGCCGCCUCUCCACCAUGGAGGGGGCACUGUCCGUGCUGGAACCCAAGCUGAUGCACCUACAGGAGGAAGCGGAGCACCUUGCCACUGUCCAUGCCAGUCGGGCCACGGAGGUCCUGCUACCCUUUGACAGCAUCAGUGUGGAGUGGGAGGAACUUAAACACACCUUGCAGGGCUGUGAGGACUCUCUGAUGGUGGCCAGUAGGCUGCAAAGCUUCAUCCAGGACCUGGACUUGUUCCUCACCUGGCUGGUCCAAACGCAGACAGCUGCCACCUCGGAUCAGUUGCCCAAUGACCUGGAGGAAGCCGAGAGACUCAUCAACAAACAUGCCGCACUCAAGGAGGAGAUUGGACGAUACGAGGAGGACUAUGAGCGUCUGCAGGCCAUGAACGAGCUUCUGGAGUCAGAGGAGGCGCCUCUUCCGCAGGCCGCCCUGCAGCAGUGGCUGCAGAAGCUGGACGUGGGCUGGAACAAGCUGCUGGAGAUGUGGGAGAGUCGGCGCGAGGUCCUGGUACAGGCGCACAUCUUCCACUUGUUCCUGCGUGACGUCAAACAGGCUGAGUCCUUCAUCAACAACCAGGAGUCUGCGCUGGCCCACGUGGAGCUUCCCACCACGGUGGAGACGGUGGAGGCCGCAGUGAAGAAGCACAAGGACUUCACCACCACCAUGGAGCUCAACCUGCACCGCAUCAAGGCUGUCAUUGAGGCCGGAGAGAGCCUCAUCAGCCAGAACAACAUCUACUCGGAGCGCAUACGACAGCGUGUAGACACACUUGCCAACAGGGGCAACCAGAACCGGGAGCAGGCCCAGCAGUGGUUGGAAAAACUCAACGACCAAUGGGCUCUCCAGAGGUUCCUUCAGGACUGUCACGAGCUGGGCGACUGGGUGAGCGAGAAAAUGCUGAUGGCGAGGGACGGAAACCGUGACGACACGCAGAAGCUUCAUAAGAAAUGGCUCAAGCACCAGGCCUUUAUGGCCGAGCUGGCACAGAAUAAAGAGUGGCUGGACAAGAUCGAGAGGGAAGUGCCAUCUACAUCUGACAUUGGGGUCCCACAGGAGGGCCAGCAUCUGAUCCAGGAGAAGCCUGAGCUGAGCCCGCUGGUGCGUCAGAAGCUGGAGGAGAUCCGCGAGUGCUGGCUGGACCUGGAGAGCACCACGCAAGCCAAGGCCCAGCAGCUCUUCCAGGCCAACAAGGCUGACCUGCUGGCUCAGAGCUACCGCAGCUUGGACCAGAGGCUGGGCCAGAUGGAGGGCCAGCUGGUCUACGUGGACCGCGGCCACGACCUGGCCACCGUCAACAGGCAGCUGAAAAAACUGCAGACCAUGGAGUGUCAGAUGGAGGAGUGGUACCAGGAGGUUGGUGAGCUGCAGGCUCAGGCGGCCGCCGUGCCACAACAGACACGAGCCAAGGAGACGGUCGAUGAGCAGCAGGCUGCGGUCGAGACUCGCAUGGUGCGCCUCAUUGAACCCCUCAAGGAGCGCAGACGCCUGCUGCUGGCCUCUAAGGAAGUUCACCAGGUGGCACGAGACCUGGAGGAUGAGAUGUUGUGGGUGCAGGAGCGUCUCCCGCUGGCCAUGAGUCAAGAACAUGGCUCCUCCCUGCAGUCGGUGCAGCAGCUCAUGAAGAAGAACCAGACGCUCCAAAGAGAGCUCCAGGGCCAUCUCAGCCGUGUGGAGGAGGUCUUGGAGCGUGCAGCCGUCUUCGCCACAGUCCGCAGCCCAGAGGCCAACGCCGUGCGGGCAGGCCAUGAGCAGCUGUCCCAACUGUGGGCCCUGCUCUUGGCCGAAACGGAACGCCGGCAGCUAGUGCUGGAUGCCAUGUACCAGGCGCAGCAGUACUACUUUGACACGGCGGAGGUGGAGGCCUGGCUUGGUGAGCAGGAGCUGCACAUGAUGAACGAGGAGAAAGGGAAGGACGAGCCGAGCACCUUGCAGUUGCUGAAGAAGCACCUGGUCCUGGAGCAGACCAUCGAGGACUACGCCGAGACCAUCGGCCUGCUGUCUCAGCAAUGUCGGCAGCUGCUGGAGAUGGGACACCCUGACUGCGAGCAGAUCAGCAAGCGACAGUCGCAGAUGGACCGCUUGUAUGUGUCGCUAAAGGACCUGGUGGAGGAGCGCAAGAGCCGCCUGGAGCAGCAGUACUGGCUCUACCAGCUCAACCGUGAGGUGGACGAGCUGGAGCAGUGGAUUGCCCAGAGAGAGGUGGUGGCCAGCUCGCCUGAGCUGGGACAGGACUAUGAGCAUGUCAGCUUGCUCCAGGAGAAGUUCACGGAGUUCGCGUCAGAGACGGGCAGCACGGGUCAGGAACGUGUGACGGCAGUCAACCAGAUGGUGAAUGAGCUGAUCGACUAUGGCCAUGCUGAGGCCGCCAUUAUCGCUGAGUGGAAAGAUGGCGUCAACGAGUCGUGGGCUGAACUGUUGGAGUUGAUGGAGACGCGGGCGCAGAUGCUGGCCGCGUCGCACCAGCUGCACAAGUUCUUCGCCGACUGCCGAGAGGUUCUGUCUCAGAUUGUGGACAAACACCGCAGAUUACCGGAGGUGCGCGGCCGUCAAAGCGGCACGGCCAACACCAGCAUGCUGCAAAGGAUGCUACACGGCUUCGAGCAGGACAUCCAGCUGCUGGUCACGCAGGUGCGUCAGCUGCAGGAGAGUGCGGCGCAGCUGAGGACGGUGUACGCCGGCGAGAAGGCGGAAGCCAUUGCCUGCAGCGAACACCAAGUCAUGCAGUGCUGGAAGGAGCUGCUCACAUCCUGCGAGGAGUGUCGGCUGCAGAUCACCACCGAGACGGACAAGCUCAGGUUCUUCGGCCUGGCCCGCGAUCAAAUCAUGUGGAUCGACUCUAUCCUCUGCCAGAUCGACACAGGGGAGAAGCCGAGGGAUGUGUCGUCGGUGGAGGUUUUGAUGAACUAUCAUCAGAGUCUGAGGAAUGAGGUGGACGCUCGCAGUCAGAGUUUGAUGGAAUGUAUCGACAUGGGAAAGAUGCUGCUGGCGGCUAGAAACCCUGCAGCUCACCAGAUUAAGGAGAAGCUGGACAAUGUGGUCGCUAAGCAACACGAGCUGUCUGAGAAGUGGGACAAGCACUGGGAGGCCCUGCAGCAAUUGUUGGAGGUGCACCAGUUCGCACAGGAGGCGGUGGUAGCGGAAGCGUGGCUGGCGGCACAGGAGCCUCUGGUCAGCAGCAAGGAGCUGGGAGGCAGCGUGGACGAGGUGGAACAGCUCAUACGGAGACACGAAGCCUUCCGCAAAGCUGCCGCUACCUGGGAAGAACGAUUCAGCUCGCUCAGACGCCUCACCACGGUGGAAAAGCUGAAAGCCGAGCAAAGCAAACAACCAGCAACGCCUCUGCUGGGCCGUAAGGUUUUCCUGGACCCCCAGGACGCGUCCCCGGCUCCACCUUCCAGCCUCCCUCGGCUGCCCCUCUCCCCCGUCAUGAGACAGACCAUCUACGAACAGAACGAGGCCAGCACGCCGCCCUCUCCCUCGCCUGCCACUCCGACACCGUCCCCCUCGGGGGUCCGACAUCCCGCCCAUUCGUCCAUCUUGUCCGUCGCCACGGCCGCCAUGUUGCUCUCUGCCAAUCAGGCGCGAGAAAGCAGCAUGAAGGCGGGUCACCUUCAGCCCAACCUCGAAGUGGACGUCAAGCCAUCGCCGUACCUCCGCCAACCCAAAAUCAAACACCUGGACGACGCCGUGACGCCGCUUCUGGUUGCCAGCCGACUGGAGAAGGCCCGGGAGAAAGGCAGGGAGAUGAUGACGGAGAGAGCUGAGGUGGCCGUGAUGGCUGAGGUGGUUCUUCAGGAGCCUAACCAAGACCGGCUCCACGGAGGGCCCAGGCCCUCUAGGACUAACCCCGAGCCGCAGGUCCAGACUCAGACUACUCGGCUGGAGCGUCGGCUGUCCGGUGAGCAGCUGAUCCAGGCCCGGAAGAACGAGCUUCCUCAGGAGGUGUGGCGGGAUCACGCCGAGCGGCGGGAGCGGCGGACGCUGGAGAGGCAGACGUCCAGCGAGCAGGAGGGUCACGGAAGCCACGAGGGCCGGAGGAGGGAUCGAGAACGGCAAUGGCUGGACAGACAAGAAUCCAGCGAGCACGACACCGGAAAAGAACAUUCUGACCGACGCUCGGGCGGAGGAGAGAGGAGAACCACUAUGGCAGAAAUAGUGGAGCAGCUUCAGGAGAGAGAAGCAGCACAGGCCCGAGGCGAGGUUCCUCGCCUGCCAAACGGCCUACCAGAGAAGUCUUCCCGUCCUGACCGGCCUCGAGCCCGGGACAGACCCAAACCUCGGCGCCGGCCGCGACCGAAAGAACAAGGAGAGACCACGCGGCGAUCCCGCUCUGCUCCAGCCCAGAGUGGCCCCACAGCCCCCCUGCCACCCACACACAGUGCACACCACGAGGGCUUCCUCUUCCGCAAGCUCGACAUUGAGACCCUGAAGAAGAGCACCAACAGCAGGUCUUGGGUGAACCUGUACUGCGUGCUGAAUAAAGGUGAGCUGGGCUUCUACAAGGACGCCAAGAACACCGCCAUGGCAUACAACAACGAGUCGAUGCUCAACCUCGCACACUGCCACUGUGAUGUCACCAACGGAUACAAGAAGAAGAAGAACGUCUUCACGUUAAAGACGAAGGAUGGCAGCGAGUUCUUGUUUCACGCUAAAGAUGAGGAGGACCUGAAGACAUGGGUGAGCAACAUCGGCAGCAGCAUCUCGGAACACGAGGAGAUGGCCAAGUGGGGCCAGCUCCAAGCAACUACCUCAUCCACCGACGAGGGCACGCGGCGAGACCGAAGUAAGGCUGGUUCAGAGCAUUGUGGCGAGCGAUCGGACCGAGCCGAGAAGGCAGAAAAGGUGGAAAAAGAGAAAGAAAAGGACAUAGGGCGGGACAAAGACAGGGAGGAGCGCUCGGAUCGCCGCAGCAAGGCGGAAGCCAAACGCUCUGAGAAGUCCAGUAAGAAAAAGUGAUGUCUUCUCACUGCUUCCACCAUGGAAGCGCUUGGAUGCAAAGUGACGUAGGAAGGAAGAACUCUUUGAAUCGACAUCUUUUUCUUCUACUGCGUCUAUGCGGCAAUGCCCCCCAGCUGGCCCUGCAGGGAAGUGCAGCAGGAAGUUGAUUGCUGUUUGUGAGAUAGAGAAUCAAGUAUCUCGCCUGUUCCAUGUUUGAUUUUUUUUUUAGAUGAUCUGUGGGUGUGUGUGUAUGGUUCAGAAUAAUAGCAGUGUAUAUAAAAGUGAGUAAAGCUCAAAAUCAUUUUCGCUUUUAUUUCCAUAUGAGCAAAUCCAUCGGCAACACUUCAAAGCAGCAAAGAAAAAUGUUUCGAAGGUGAAAGAACCUUUAGAUAAAGACAAGAAAAAAAGAAUAUCAGGCUGUUGAAAAAAGGACAAACUAUGAAAAAUGCUUGAAGAUUUUUGCUUUCCCGAGAUACAACACAGAUGUGAGGCACACCUCAGUUGGUCUAAAACUUGUGAAUAUUCUAUAGUUAGUACAAACAUUUUCUCAAGACUUCAUUUGAUUAUAAGACAUCUUUGAAUAUUCUUCAGUUGGUCUAAGAAGCUGAAUAAUGUAAAAAGUUUAUGAAGACUCUUCGUUAGUCCAAAUAGUCUUGAGUUUGGACACUUCUGGUGUUCUAAAAGGUCUGGAAAGACUCUUCUGUUGGUCCCAAAAAUAAAAUCUCUACUCUUCAGUAAAUCGAAGAAUUAUUUAAAGACCUAGUUGGUCCAGCAAGUCUCUUGAUAAUCUUAAAUUGGUCCAAAAAGUCUCUCAAGACUCUUUGGUUGGUCUAAAAAUUAUUUGAAGAUUCUCCACUUGGUCCAUAAAGUCUCUAAAUACUCUUCAGUUCAUCCAAACGUUUUAAAAGGCCCUUCAGUUGGUCUAUAAAGUGCUAGAAGACUCUUCACUGUGUCUGAAAAGAUUCUCCGGUUGGUCAAAAAAAAAAAAGACGAGCUUUAAAGACAACCGUUGAUCCAAAAAGUCUCUAGAGACUUCAGCUGGUCCUAAAAGAGUGGACCAACAUCUGGAACCAGUGAACUACAGUAGUAUGCAACUCAGAUGUGACGCACUUUUUUAAAAACACUGCUAUUAUUCCGAGCAGAACUGUAUGCGUCUUUUGGUUGUGGCAGCUCACUAUGCAAAACUGAUUCAUCAUUCAACUCAUUCAUCAUCCCGCAAAACAAAUCAAAAUCUCUUUUUUUAUGUUUCCAUCCAAAGGAAAUCUGGUUGAUGUGUACGUCUGUCCAUAGCUCUCAGGUUUCUUACUGUUUGUUAGCGUGUGCUUGGCGUGUUCAAAUGUCUUCCAGACAAGCAAGGUUGCAAACGCUUGGAAACGUCAGCAGUGUUUAAGCAGGAAGUGUGGGAUGGAUGGAUGAAUGAAUGAAUGGCCGACCAAAACUGCUUGAGCUGUCACACCUUGUGACUUUGCAUGCCUGAUUUGCGUGAAAUCACGUUGAGAAAUCAAAUAAAAACAAAAUAUACUUUUUUUUUUCUAUGCCUCUAAACUCUUCAAAAGAAACUCCUGAUUGGCUUCUCAGUUUUUAAUGAUGUCCUACUCUUUAGCUGUCUACUUGAGCACAAAUGGACCCCCGUUUUCAUGGCGAAUCCUCAAAAUUAUGUCUGGGAUACUUGCUUCAGGGCUAAUUUGGUAGAAUUCCCUAGUAGGAGUUUGUCAGAGCCAUGAAAUUUGCCUCAAAUGGCUGCUUGAGACCAAAAUGGACAACUUCCUGUUCAAUUUUCAAAAUGGGUCUUUGAGACUUCUUGAUGUGUCCUGUUAUGAUAGACAUGUCCAUCCAAUUUCGUGUUGAUCGGUGAAAAUGGUGUUGGGGCUAAUUUUUUUUCUAACUUUCUGGUCAUUUUCAGAUGAUCAUCAAACUUUGACUUCAUGCUUUGCCCACAAUAGACAGAUGGCAUCGACAAAAAGCUUUGCAAUUUAGCAUCACCCAGCCAACCCAUCACUCACAUGCUUCCGAUCUUGCCUCGUCUGAACAAAUUACAGAGUAGGAAUUUGUCAAUCAAGUAUGAAAUUUGACCCAAAUGGCUGCUUAAAAUCUAAAUGUGUGACUUCCUGUUCAAUUUGGGGCAUGGGUCUUUGAGACAUUUUGGUAUAUCUUGUUAUGAUAGAGGUUGAACGGUCCAAUUGGUGUUGGGUGCUAGUUUUCUCCCUAGCUUUCGGGGGACGCGAAUGAGUGAGUUUUGGGGACAUUUGUAUUCGGGACCCCCAAAAUACAUACAUUUUCAACAGGAUACACGAUACGCUUUGGCCCCUGACAGAAAAAAAUGGUUUCCCAACUCUACUGAAAAAGUAUCCACAUUAGCCACAUGCUAAUCAAUUGAUGUCACUACGACGUGAAUUUUAGUCUUCUUUCUUAUGCAUUACGUGUGAAUGGCAGAUCAAUGCAGUCAUUUCCGUGCAUGUUGGACACAACUAGCAAAGCUCGAGUUGAGAGACAAAAUGCAAAUGAAGCAAUGUCUCGUUUAGAUGCCGACAACCUCAUAAUGGACUCCAAAGUUGCAGGCUGCACAAUAAAAGAUGUAGUGUGUCACACAGCUGGCAUCCACAUGACAUAUACGUAAUGGUAUGUAUGUAUGCCCACUUCAGUGUUGCAGCUGAGACGGAAUGAUGAAUAAAAUACAUUUUGGUCUAUCAAUGAAAACA